CAAUAGUAUUGUCAUCUGUCGACCUAAAGCUUAACCUAAAGAUAUACUGAUUCACUUUUCGGACUAAUAAAACUCGAUUAUUCAAAUGUACGGCAAUGAAAUUAAUAGCUAGGAUAAACGGUUGUUUGAUUUAGAAGAGUAUUGUUUAGAGUUUAUUGGCUGCGUUCGGUAUUAUGCUGCGGGCGGUGUCUCGCUUGUGUUGCGACGGGCAGGCGCUCGAAGCGCUCGCUCGCCGGGAUGCCUACAAAUUAUUCCGCUCCACGGUGCACACUUCAUCCUCUGCGCACAACACACAGAAUGCCGCCGGUCAGACGGUGCUGACGUCGGCGGCGGCCGAGCCCCCCGCGGCGCCCGCGUGCCCCGCGCCCCCGCGCCGCGAUCCACCCCCGCCGCCCCCGCCACCGCCGCCGCGGCGCUCCUGGGUGGGCGUCGCAGCCGCGGUGGCGCUCACCUCUUCACUAGGAGGGGUGUAUUACUUCAGUAAGAUAAAAGAUGACACAACAAAACAGGAAGUCAAAAAGUCAAAGCCAAAAGACGAGCUUGAUGAAGAGGGUCCUCUAUACCCAGCGACGGGGGCCGAGCUCCCCCCCCACGUAGAGUUCCUAGUCGUAGGCGGCGGCACUGCGGCGUUCGCGGCGUUGCGAGCUCUCCGCGCCGCGCGCCCGGACGCCGCGUUGCUGCUAGCGGGAGCGGAACGCACCCCGCCGUAUAUGAGACCACCGCUCAGCAAAGAACUGUGGCGACGGCCGGAGUUGGCCGCGGCCGCCGCUGACCCGCUAUCCCUCGCCUUCACGCAAUACAAUGGGAAACAGCGGCGGUUAAUCUACGAGCCUCUAUCAUUCUACACGCCGCUAGAGAAGCUGCGAGAAGGCGGUCCAGGGGCGGGGUUAGCACGCGGCUGGCGGGUGACCAAGCUGGACUUGGCCAAGCGCAGCGCUGAACUCAGCGCGCCCGGGCAGGACCCCGCCACUGUCACGUUCGACAAGUGUCUCAUAGCCACGGGCUCAUCAGCAAAACGGUUAUCCACACUAGCGCCAGCGGCGGCGGCCGGUCGCGCGCUCACACUCCACUCCGUGCGCGACGUUGCCAAACUUGCGCGCCUCCUCCAAGAGCCCGGCACUACCCGCGUGGUGGUGGUAGGAGCGGGACUGUUAGCCGCCGAGCUGGCAGCGUCGCUCGCGGAGCGCGAAGGCGGGGUAGAAGUGGUGCAGUUAUGUAGAGAGAGCGCUCCGUUGGAGGAACUGCUACCGGGGUAUCUGGCUGCUGAUGCGGCGAGACGGUUACAGGCGCUGGGAGUCACGCUACUACCAGACCGCGAGAUCUCCUCGUGCUCGAUGAAAGACGGGCGAGUCCACAUGAAGCUGCAGCGCGCGUCAGAGGCGGCAGCGGGAGCGGAAGUUGAAGCGGAAUUAGCAGCGGACGUGGUCGUGGAGUGCGUCGGCGCAGACCCUAAUGUGGAGUUAGCGGAACCCGCGGGGCUCGAGUUACAUCCUGAGUUAGGUGGUAUAGUGGUGAACGCGGAGCUGCAAGCGCGCAGCAACGUGUGGGUGGCGGGCGACGCGGCCUGCUUCCACGACGUGAGCCUCGGGCGCCGGCGCGUCACGCACCACGACCACGCCGUGCUGUCCGGCCGCCGCGCCGCGCAGAACAUGGCCGGCGUCACGGAGCCCUACACGCAUCAGAGCAUGUUCUGGAGCGACUUAGGACCCAGAUUGGGCUAUGAGGCGAUCGGCGUCGUCGACUCCCGUCUCCCGACCGUCGGCGUGUUCUCAUCAGACGCCGUGAGCGACACGUCAGCGACCGUCACGGAAGUCGGCGCGGCCGACAGCGCGCCGACAGACGCGAGCGGCGCGCUCGUGGUGGAGGCGGCGGCGGCGGCGGCGGACGGCGCGCCGAGUGACAAGCGAUACGAGCGCGGGGUCGUGUUCUACACGCGCGGCAGUCGCGUCGUCGGCGUGUUGUUAUGGAACCUGUUCAACCGCAUGCAUGUUGCUAGACAGGUCCUGGCGCAGGGAGAGUUCGAGGACCUAUUCGAGGUGGCGAAGCUGUUCUCACCGCAGGACGAGGACUGACGUGUCGGCUGCGGCCUCCUCCCCACUGUACAUACACUACUUCAAUGAAAUAUACCACCAACUGCCUCA